CAAAUGCAACUCGCCACCACUCAAAACGGCCACAACGGGCGCUACAACCAGCGAAACAACUCGCGAUCGGCUGAUUGUGACAUUGGAUGCACUCUGAUCACGGUGAUUCGCCUCGUCUGCUUUAUCGGUCCAGGCUAUUACAGUGCAAACACAAUGCGUGUAUAACCGAUUUACUAGUGUAUUAUCAAGCGACCGUUUCCAGAGAUUCAUUUGUAAUCGAACAACAUCGACGCAGCGAAUAAACAAUCAGUGUUGGCGUGAUACGAAACAGACGAACGUCUAGUUAUAUUUCAUCAAAAUCAUACUCACAGGAGACGAUAACGCAGAUAUAGUAUUAAAAAAUAAGUAAAAAAUGUUUGCGCUGGUUGUUAUUGUUGCUCUCGUCGGCUGUACAUUAGCACAGAACGCCGUUAACAAUGACCACAAGAAUCUCGAUAAUAAUGAAAUAAAUUCCAGUGGGAAUGAUAUGGAGCAAUGUCAGGCUGUGUGCGUUGAUAUUUUCUUUUUAUUACCUGAUGAUCCAUUGGCAAUGUCAGCGUGUCAACGAGGUUGCCGCAUAUUCAAUAUUAUUUAUCUCAGAGACGAUCGCAAUUUGAAUAAUAGCAAAGAUGAAUGUUAUUCAUCUUGUGUUGAUGCAUACUCUCAACUUGACCUGAACACAGCGUGUCGAAAAGGCUGCAAAAAUAUGUUGCGUAAAAAGCAGAGUGAGUUGGAAGCUGUCAUCGUGUACAUCGAACAAGACACGAAGAAUCUCGACAAUCCGCAGCCGGAACUUGACGAGCUGGAAAUGACUUGGUUCAUUGAGAAUUACGCACCGCGCGAGUUGCAUUACGUCGAUGGUCAGCGCGAUUACAAAAUACCCGAGAGUAUGUAUCGUACGUUACCGAUCGAAACUCUCUUCGAAGAGUUGACUAAACCUAUGAAUCCGCCUCCGAGCGGUGAUUGGCUGGAUUGCGCAUCGAGAAACUCCGGUAUUCCGAAGUGGAUACUCGUGUCAGCCAUCAUUUCGGCCAUCUUGGUAGCGUUAUAUUUAAGUAUAUCGAGCGAAAAGAAGGUUAUCAGUGAUGACUUAUUGAUUGGAGAUGAUGAGGAUGAUCAAGGUGAAGAGAAAGAAAAGGAAGCGGAGCCUUUACCGGCGAAGGUUCCAUUGCUGGAAUUAGAUGAACAGAAACAUGACAAUGAGGCACAAGAUGGCCGACAGGAUGUACUGUUCUCGACACCGCCGACAGCUCCACCAAAAUACACCAUAGAGAAUGAAAAGUCUAAAGAAAUUUGAAGAAUUUGAGACUAAAGGUAAGUGAUUUAAUUACAUAUAUUAAAACAAUCAAAGCAAAUUUGGUCAGUAAUUAAUUUCGAAAUGGAUCUCAAAAUUAACCAAAGAAAAUGAAUUUUAUCAUUUUUUUUAACAAGUAAUUGGGUGUAAAAUGUUUAAUAUAUCUAAGAGAAAACCCCGUUUCAUAUGACUCGAAUGAUAAUGAACGUCAUUGUGAUUAUAUUUUAUAUUGUAACGUCCUACAAUUUAUAAAAUUUCAACAAAAUUUACUAACCUAACAUUUAAGACAUGAAGAAAAGCAUGAAAACUAAAGAAACGAAGCAUUUUCUGUGUGAUUUCCUAUUUAUAAGAUGUCUACUUGAUAAAAUACUUACCCACUAGUCACACAUAAUAUUGGACUAACCCAUGAUACUAAGAAAUUAAGAAACAAACAAAAAAAGCAAAAUCUGUGUAUACUCUUAUCUUUAAAUAACUAAUUUUACAUUAAAUUAUAAGAAUUCGACUUCUGAUAGUGUUUUAUGUCACAGUAUAAAUGUUUAACCGCACAAUAUUCUGUUUUGGGACUUUAACAUAGAAACAAUUUGGUGUCUCGGUGAUAAUUUGAGAUUGCAGUUGAAAGAUGGACUUCAGAAUAUUUUAUUUGCUUUAAAUUUAAUGGAAGUAUUCAUAAAACUACAAAAUGGUGACGUUUUUAGGGUAAAAUACUAUUUUUAGAAAUAAUAUUUUUUUAAAGUUUUUUUUAUAUAAUUAUGUUAUAUUUUCAUAAAAAUAAACAAAAAAUAACUUUAUUUACAUUUUUAUCACACUGGAGAUCCAUCUGAAACAGUUUAGAUAUUAUCUUUGCUAAUCCUUACUACAUGUGACACAAUACGAGUAAUUAUACAUGUUUCUACCCCACUCGAUUGUAAAUCUCGCUCUCCAUGAUGUGAUGUUUGGAAGCAAUGACGAAUGAACACACAAACCACUUAAAUGUAAACCUAAAACAUAACGAAUUUACGUCGAAUUUAAACCAAAAGCAAACAAGUCACCUCGUUAUUCGUGCAAAUUGUUACGACGAUUUUGUUACAUAUGCUUUGCAAUAAUAAACAAACCCAAUAAUAGAGAAUUAUUUAAAAAAGGGUAGUUUAGUUUUGAGUGUGUCGAUGAACACAAGCAUUUACACUUUGUUUCUGUAUGAUAAUUAUAAAUAACUAUAUUUUAUAAAAUAUUGUACCUACAUAUACAUGAAACAAAUGUAUUAUUAUUGUAAAAUUACAAUCUGAAGAUAAUUACAUUGUUAUAUUCAA